UAACUGACACAUUUUCAAUCUCUGCACCAAUUUUUUUCAGACAGAUCUGUGUCACUGUGCAAAGAAGAAACACACUGACGUCUUCAGCAUCUUCUGGCCCUUUCUCCAAGAAACAGAAGCCCCAAACACAAAAAGAAGAGCAAACAGUAGGAAGAGUGACCUCUGUAAUGAGUCUCUGCAACAGAGCAGACGAGCUACAAGUUCCCUAAAUAUUUUGUUUGGAAGAAAACCCAGAGCCCACCUCAGUGGGAGCAGUGCUUCACUGAGAGGAACCAGGAAGUGGAAGGCGGAGUAAAGUCCACCGGCGCUCAGGUGGGACAGGAUGGCAGUUUUGGCAGUGAGGCGUCAGGGUUUGGGCCUGCUGAGGGCCUUCUUGGUGUUUCUGGGAGUUUCUGUGCUGUGCGGCGUUGCAUUAGGAACAAGGAGAGAACACGUUUCUCUGGAUCACAGGAGCCACAGACACAGACAUCCAGGUCAUGUGUCGCUGCACAGACACAGGCAGAGGGCAGGGAAAGAAGGGCAGGUUCUACAUCGCUCCAAACGAGGAUGGGUCUGGAAUCAGUUCUUUGUUAUUGAGGAAUACACUGGACCUGACCCAGUUCUGGUGGGCAGGCUCCAUUCGGAUGUAGACAAAGGGGAUGGUAACAUCAAGUACAUCCUGUCCGGUGAAGGUGCAGGAACAAUAUUUGUGAUUGACGACAAAACGGGCAACAUCCACGCCACGAAAACCCUGGACCGUGAGGAGCAGGCCCAGUACACUUUAACAGCCCAGGCUGUGGCAAGAGACACACAUGAACCUCUGGAGCCUCCAUCAGAGUUUAUAGUGAAAGUCCAAGACAUCAACGAUAAUCCACCAGAGUUCCUGCAUAGUCCAUACCACGCCAGGGUGCCCGAGAUGUCCAACGUUGGUACAUCAGUGAUGCAGGUGACAGCUACAGAUGCUGAUGACCCCACCUAUGGCAACAGUGCCAGGCUGGUGUACAGCAUACUGCAAGGACAACCAUACUUUUCUGUGGAGCCUCAGACAGGUAUAAUUCGUACGGCUUUGCCAAACAUGGAUCGUGAAGCGCGUCAGGAUUAUGAAGUCGUCAUCCAGGCCAAAGACAUGGGUGGUCACAUGGGGGGGCUGUCGGGGACCACGGAGGUUAAAAUCACACUCACAGACGUCAACGACAACCCUCCAAAGUUUCCUCAGAGUGUGUACACCAUGUCUGUGUCAGAGGACAAAGUACCAGGAGAGGAGGUUGGACGUCUGAAGGCCAAAGACCCAGAUCUGGAAGACAACGGACUUGUGAACUAUCGUUUAAUAGAUGGAGAUGGAAUAAACAUGUUUGAACUGACAACAGACUCAGAAACCAGAGAGGCUGUCAUUAAACUGAAGAAGCAAGUGGACUUUGAAACAAAGAGGUCUUACACUUUAAAGGUGGAGGGAUCCAACCCUUACAUAGACUCCCGCUUCCUGGCCUGGGGACCGUAUAAGGAUGAAGCCACAAUCAAGAUUUCAGUGGAGGAUGCAGAUGAGCCUCCAGUUUUUGUAGCUCCCAGUUACACUUUUGAGGUGGAGGAGAACGCACCCAAAGGCACCUCGGUGGGACGAGUUCAUGCCAAGGACACUGAUGUUGCCAACAAUCCUGUUAGAUACAUGAUUCCUCUCUACACGGAUGUAGAGCAGUUCUUCAGUAUUUCAGAGGACGGGAUGAUCACGACAACGAGACCCCUGGACAGAGAAACGCAGCCCUGGCACAACAUAUCUGUUUCAGCCAUAGAGAUCGGAGGCCACCACCAAGACACAAAAGUGCGUGUUAACAUCAAAGUCAAAGAUGUGAAUGACAACCCCCCAGAGUUUGCAAGCAACAACGAGGUCUUCAUGUGUGAAACCGUAGCACCGGGGAAGGUUAUUGAAAGCGUCAGUGCAGUGGACAAAGACGAGAUGGCUCACAGGCAGCAUUUUACAUUCAGCCUCGCUCCAGAGGUUGCCCACAACCAAAACUUCUCCCUCAAAGACAACAGAGACAGCACAGCCAGCAUCUAUGUGCUCCGUAAAGGAUUCAGCCGUUUAACACAGGAUGUUUACUUCCUUCCCAUUGAGAUAAAUGACAACGGUUUCCCAUCUAUGAGCAGCACCAACACACUGACCAUCAGAGUUUGUUCCUGCGACAGUAAAAACACCAUCCUGUCCUGCAACGUGGAGCCCUACAUCCUGCCUGCAGGGCUCAGCACUGGUGCUCUGAUAGCUAUACUGGCCUGUAUCGUCAUCCUACUGGCAAUAGUUGUGCUGUUUGUUGCACUGAGACGUCAGAAAAAAGAGCCCUUGAUAGUAUUUGAAGAGGAGGACAUCAGGGAGAAUAUCAUUACUUAUGAUGAUGAAGGAGGUGGAGAAGAGGAUACUGAGGCCUUCGACAUUGCUACACUGCAGAAUCCAGAUGGUGCCAAUGGUUUCCUGCCAAGGAAGGAUAUUAAACCAGAACUUCAAUAUCCCCUCAGGCCAGGCAUCGGGCGUCCUGCAGCCAACAGCAUUGACGUUGAUGACUUCAUCAAGACUCGAAUUGCAGAAGCUGACAGUGACCCCACGGCUCCUCCUUAUGACUCCAUUCAGAUCUAUGGCUAUGAGGGCAGAGGAUCACUGGCUGGAUCUCUGAGUUCACUCGAGUCUGUCACAACAGAGUCUGACUUGGAUUAUGACUAUCUGCAGAGUUGGGGGCCGAGGUUUAAGAGGCUGGCAGAUUUGUACGGGACCAAAGACAGCUCAGUUCAUGACGCUGAUGAUGGGGAGGACUCUUAACAACGGUUUUCCUCAGUGGUGGACGCCCCUGAUUUCUGAUGUAUUGAUUCCAAGAAGAUGUGUUAAUCAAGGGUUAAUUCUCUCCCGUUUCCAGUUGUCACCAUCUUCCAACUGAUUAGUUCAUGCCAAUUUGUCAACGAACGUUAACUGCUCUCCCUCUCUGUUGCUGGAUGUUCGUGACAGUUUGUCAAUGAACACAUAAUGAAUGCUUCGAGUUGAACCACUCCCACUUUCCUUAAGUUUCUCCUGUCUCUUCUAUAGUUCCUUUACUCUGUUUCUUUUGCAGGGCUAGGAGAAUGGUUAUGUAACCAGUUUGUUUGUCUGUGAGCAGUUUGAUGGAAACAGUGUUGCUAUAUCAUUAGUAAGACUUGCCUAUAGCAAACUGAGUGUAAAAGAGGUUUUGUAUGCUUUUAUGGACUAGAUUCAUGUACUUCCUCAAUAGUUCCUCAGAGAGAUUUUAUUACCUUAACACUUCCUGAGCGGAGCAGAUUUUGCUUUGUUGCUCUCUCAAAAGAGAAGAGGGGUAAGAUGAAAGUAAUUUAAAAGAAAAAAAGUUUGAAUGGGAUCCAGCAACUGCCUGCUUACAGGCAUAAAAGCUGAAGUUUUUUUCUUUUUUUUUCUGAAAGGUCCAAUUUGUUGUUUUAUUGUUGAAAACAGCAGGUAUUCUGGUUUAGAUGGGUUGAUCAACUCUGGGUUGUUGAUACUUCACAGUAUGGUGGCCUUAUAAUAAUUAAACAACUCCAGGGGUAGACACACAUAAAACAGAAGAUAGAGACCACUAGCUUUCAGUAGCUACACAGACAAGUGAACUCAAAGACUGUAGGAGUAUCUGUGAAAAUGCUGAAGAAGUAUCACCUUUUUUCUACUCCCAAAAACAAAACUGAAAAAAGAUUCCAUUUCAAAACUGUGGAUUUUUCUUUGUUUGCAUUUCUCACUGCAGAGAUGUUUUUUUUAAGUUGUCCUAUAUCACAGUCUUGGUGUCCAACGCCCACCAUUAGCAACCAUUUCCCACACUGAGUCAAACCCAUGAAUGAUCACCUACAUGUUUCACCAUUGAUGACAAUGAAUUGAAAUCUGUGAGCUCUAAAUAUCGCCUUAAACCUAAUGGACACUCUUACAAAGCAGUGCAUUCUCCUUAUUUCUCCUUUUGUUUGGGGGGGUGGGGUUGUACCUUAAAAGGUAUAUUGGAAAAGCAAAGUGUUCUCUUUGUUAGGUGUGUACAGAGCAGACAUGUGAUAUAUCACUCUGAGGAUCCAACCUUCGCCUCGAGCAUUCUUCAAAAAGGAUGUUCUGUUUCUGCCGGUAUAUUAAAUGUAGAUGGUUUGAAUGUGUUUGGUGUUGUUUUUCCCUAUGCAUUUGAUGUAUAUUCAUCAUUUAUCAAACAUCAUGUAUGUUGGCAGCAACACCUGUUGUAUCAACAUGUGUUGCCAUUAAAACAUAAAAUCUUCACAUGGGGAAAAAGAACACAAGGAAUUCCAGGAAGGCUGAAAACAGAAUAUCGUUUUUAAAGCAUGCAGGUUUUAUUAUUAUGAUUAUUAGUGUUGUUUUUAUUAUUAUUAUUAUUAUCAUUAUUAUGACAGUAAUUGUUAUUUUAUUGGCUGCAGCUUCACAGGAAGAAAAUGAUGUUUAACUUUUUGCAGAUGAUAUUCUAAUGUUCUUGCAGUUUUCUGAACAUUGAUCAAUUAAAGGAAAGGUUUCAUUUUAAUUUAUUGGGCUGCUUUAAGAAAAUGACUGCCUAAAGUUAAACCAUCAGCUUUGUGUAACAACUUUUAUCCUUUGUUUUCUUUUUUAUCAUUCAGCAGGUUUGUUUCAGUAUUUCUCCCUGUUCCAGAGGAAAACUAGCAAUCUGUGUUUGUUGAAGUUGGAGAAUGCCUCCUUUUUAUUCUCUGUCAAGUUUUAUGGUACAGAUUUGUACAAUUUUAAAAGUUCUUAUUUUAGUAUACAUGCAGAAUAUUCCAGUAUUACAACAAAAACAUGUUAAAAAGAUUUUAAAAAUAUUACAACAUCACACUUAUAUUUUCUGAACAUUGUAUUGUUGCUUUACAAUGUGCUUCAAUCUCUGAAGCAGAAAAAAAUCUUUGAAAUAAAUACUCUUUUUAUAAAACUAUA